AGCUAUGGCUACAUUUACAAUGAUUCUUUCGACUAAAUAGAAACCCGCCUUUUAGAUAUAGUAGUUGACUUCACUACAAACAUGUUUGAAUUUUAAACCUCGUUAGUCGCGUAAAAUAAUUCUCACGAUAAAUAGAAUGUUAAAAUAAUUGUCGAAGUCGUUGAAUAGUUACAUGAAGUAAACUUUAACCUUUGCAGACCAUUAAUUGAUCCUAUCAUGAAACCUGCGAAUUCGAAACCACCUGUUGCAUCGCGUAAAGGUGCAAAUCGACCAAAAUAUGAUGACACACCUAAAGAACCUGUUAAAGUAUUUUGUCGUUUAAGACCAAUGGACAAUCCUAAUGAUAUAUCUUGUAUAAAAAUCAUAUCCGAUACAACUUUAAUUAUCACAUCACCAGAACCGGGACAAGCAAAUACCCGCAUUACAAAUAAAGUUGUACAGACAUCUUUUAGUCAUAUUUUUGGCCCAAAUACUUCUCAAAAAGAAGUAUUUGAUCUUGUAGCCUUACCGCUUGUUGAAAAUCUUAUAAAUGGUAAAAACAGUUUACUCUUUACAUAUGGAGUAACUGGAAGCGGUAAAACUUAUACCAUGUGUGGCAGUCUAUAUGAUAUAGGCAUCAUGCCCCGUAGUUUAGAUGUUAUUUUUAAUAGCAUAGCAAACUACCAAGCAAAAAAGUUUAUCUUUAAACCAGAUAAAUUGAAUGGUUUUGACAUACAAAGUGAAGCAGAUGCAUUGUUAGAUAGACAAAAUGAACUUCAAAGACUUGUUAUUUCUCAAAAUAUAAAAACCCCUAAAUUAUGUAAACUUGAUGCUGAUGGUGAUAAUAAUAAUGAUGGUUUGAAUCGAAGUACUGAAUUGCAAGCUAUAACUGUUGACCCAGAUAAUGUAUAUGCAGUCUUUGUAACAUAUACUGAAGUUUAUAAUAACAGUGUAUAUGAUUUGCUAGAUGAAAGUGAAGGCAAAACAAAGACUUUACAGAGUAAAAUAAUUCGUGAAGAUGGAAACAGAAAUAUGUAUGUCCAUGGUUGCACAGAAAUAGAAGUCAAAAGUUCGGAAGAAGCAUUUGAAGUAUUUCAAUAUGGUCAACGUAAAAGACACAUUGCAUAUACUUCUUUAAAUGCAGAAUCAAGCAGAUCUCAUAGUGUUUUUACUAUAAGACUUGUACAGGCACCAUUAGAUAGAGAUGGUGAACAAGUUGUUCAAGACAAAAGAGUCAUUUGUAUCAGCCAAUUAUCUUUAGUAGAUUUGGCUGGAAGUGAACGUACAAAUCGUUCCAAAAAUACUGGCCAAAGGCUUAGGGAAGCAGGAAAUAUAAAUAAUUCGUUAAUGACACUUCGAACUUGUUUGGAAAUACUUCGUGAAAAUCAGAUUCAGGGUACAAACAAAAUAGUACCCUAUAGAGAUUCGAAGAUAACGCAUUUAUUUAAAAACUACUUUGAUGGAGAAGGAAGUGUCAGAAUGAUUGUUUGUGUUAAUCCUAACAUAGAUGAUUAUGACGAAACUAUUCAAGUAUUGAAAUUUGCUGAAGUUAGUCAAGAAGUACAAGUUACUAAUUCUACAACUUCAAAGUUAGAUUUAGGAUAUACACCUGGAAGAAGACAAGCUAAUAAAAUAUUUAAAGAAGCUAGAAACAGAUUGGAAAGUGCAGGUCAUCUAGGUGCUGCCAACUUAGAAGUCGAUUUAGGAUUAGUUUACAGCCUCGGAGGACCUUUUCCAGAAAUGGAUUUAUCGAGUCCACAUAACGAUGAAAUAAUUACUACGCUCAUGCAUUUCUUAGAACUUCGUAUCCAAAAACGAAAUGUUUUACGGACGGAUCUAAGACAAAAACAAACUAAUUUUAGAAAUAUGCUGGUAAGAAUGGAACGGGAUAAUGUAUCCCUUAAAAUUGAAAAUUCUACGUUAAAAACAACAAGUGAUCAACAGAAAAAGAAAAUAUCUGCUUUAGAAGCACAUAUAUGUAAGACAGAGGGGCAAAUCGAUACUUUAUUGUACAGAUUAAAUAGUGCUAAUGAUAUAAUCAGGCAUAUGAAACAAGAACUAAAAAACAAGGAUGCAUUACUAAACCAACGUACGAUAGAUAAACAAAGAGUGAAAGAAAAAUAUAGUAGUAAAAUUCAAGAAGAGACUGAUAAAAUGAGUAAGGAAUUGGAAAGCAAACUUCGCCGUCAACGUGAAUUACUUCAGAACCAAAUGAAAGGAACAGAAGAAAAAUUGAACUUAGUGAAACAGAUAUUAGUAAGUGACGAUAAAAUGGAUACUGACGGAAAAUUGGAAUCUAAAGAAACGGUUUCAACAUUAGCAAAUGACACCGCAAUUCCUAUAACACCUAAAAUUAAUACAGUUGUUCCGACAACUGAUGUAGAAACUACAUCAUCUACAAUUACCCCAAAAAGUAGUGUAAAAUCGGCAUCUACUGUUACAUUUGAAGAUAGUAAUAUUCGAUUAAGUAGAAAAGAAAGAAUUCCAGUUGUAAAUUUGCGCUUUAGACGAUCUCAAAGUGCAGAAAGAUGGGUUGAUCAUCGACCUCCUGGUUUAGUUCCAGUUGGGACUAUUCUUCAACCACAUAUUCGACAUAAACGAAGCGUUACGCAAUUAACUGAUCCAAAAGAUAUAACAGACAGAGCAUCCAAAUAUUGUCUCGUUGCACAGGAACAAGAUACGGAUGGUGAACUCGAAACUAAACUGUAUAAAGGUGAUAUAUUACCAACAAGCGGAGGAGGUGCACAAGUUGUAUUCAAUGAUUUGGAACACUUGAAACAGGUUUCACCUGUUGCAAGAAGAAAACGCAGUAGUUACUUGUCCCCGGAAUCUAAGGACUUCUCUUCUCAAAAAGAUGGCUGUGAAUCAGAAGAAAAUAACUUGAAAAAACUUCGUGUCUAAUUUAUUAGACGAACUUUUGUAUGUUAUUUUGCUUUGAAAAUAUCCUGAAGAUUUUUUUACAGAUAAUCAAAUUUAUAAAUACAUAAUGUUUACAUGUAUGUAGAAGCCAAAGACACGAAGAGAUAAAUUUCUCUUUGAUAUCUUAUGCAAUAACUAAAGUACAAAUCAAUUUAACAUAUUUCGUUUACCUUAGUUAGAAAACGAUUAUCUCUUGUUAUUCACUUGUUUUAGCAAUAAAAAAAAUAUUGUUUUUAGUUUAAAGUAUAAAACUGUUUUGAUAAAUAUUGUUAGUUAAAAGUUAACUAUACUUAUUACAAAAUAAAAUUGAACAUAUUCCUUUCAAAUAUCUUUUUUAUUUAUAAUUCCGUAAUAUGUUAAAUGUCCAUCUAUUUCCCGUGGCUUAUACAACACAGACUCUGUGAAUAAUACAAACGUUAGGACGACAGAAGCCUGGAUAUAUAUUGCCAACAGCAAAGUAAUGAAUAUAUACAUCGUUUCUACACGGAGCAAAUUAUAAAAAUCUAAAAUCAUGGAAUUUUUCGGUAGUCCAUUCAAACACCUUGUAAAUCUAUAUUAUUUCAAACUUGCUAAUUCAACAAAAUUUAAACGUGUGAAUAGUUGCAAGUAAUAAUUAAUACGGUAGUAAAAAACAUAUUUGAAAAAUGUACUACCGCAUCACAGUAAGUUGCAGUUUACUGAACAAAUUACAUUUUAUCGUAUAGAAACUAUGACAUUACAGAAAUUGAGCGAUUUUUGCAAUUAUUAAUGUUAUUUUAUAGUACAGCAUCAUCGGCAAUAUGCAUUAGAUUUUCAUUUUCUCUUAUUAUCUUUCCAAUGUGUUAGCAACGUAUAAAAUCAUACAAAGUAUCGAGACUAGAUGAAUAUCUUAAUUAGUAAAGUAAUUAGUCGUUAUAUUAUAAUCAGUUUUAACAAAUUAUAAAAAAUCGAUUAUUAGAUUAUUUAAAGAUAAAGUGUUAUGCAACGAUGCAUUCUCCCUCUUUUCCUUCCCAUAGUAAAAACAGUAUAUGAUCUUAGAAUAUUGUUCGUUAGAAGCUAGUUGUUGCAAUACAAGUUUGUGGAAUAAAAAAUUCAAGCUAUGUUAAAUUGUCCUGCAUCGAAAUUGUUAAGCGAGUUCUUGUGCAACUAAUUGCGCCAAAAUCUUGACACACUGAGAAUCAAAUACCGUUCAAGAUUUCACAUACUGCUACAAACAUUCACGUAUCAAAAGUCAACGUACUACUAGUGCCCGUUUAUUUUUACAUUAAGAACAAUAUGACCAAUAUUUUUAAUAGCAUCUUUCCAAAUAUUGAACAAAACAUCCCAUUCUCAAUGUGCCGAAGGAUAUACCUAUUUUUUUUCUUAAAUUCUAUAAUCAAAGAACAUUGGCUAACUUUGAGCACUUUAUGAAUUAAAGGAGACAUGAAUCGUGCAUAAUACAUACGACUCGCUUUGUUCCCUGCAAAUAUACUUCACGAACUAAGCGAAUCGAUGAUCUAAACACCGACUCGCGGUAACUGAAAUGACCGAGGAGCUGACAUUUACAGACUUUAACGUUCACUCGUAAUUUUUUAAGUUUGAAGCUCUUAUUAUAUGGUACCUCUUGCAGGUAUAAUAUAUAUUAUUUUUCUCCUCUGUUUAAACCUACCAAAAUGAGAAUUCUCAUCGUAAUAGCAGUUACGUUCUAAUUCGAAUAUUUAAACAUUCCAGAUAAUACCACAGACAG